AUCAAGAAGCCCACGCACUGGCUGAUGGGCACUUGCAAGAAGAUACUGGAGGAGCUGAACCCCAAGGCGCCCGAGGCGCCCGCCGAGCCUGCGGCCACCGCUCCGCACGAGGGCGGCGAGCCCGGCGCCAAGCGCCGCAGGGUGGACGAGGCGGCCCCCGAG